ACUACCACUUUUUUUUCUGCACUGGAAAGGGGUGGCGCACUUGCCGAAAGUCCAUUCUAUUACUUGCGAAAUGGCAUGUGGUGGGCUGCUGUAGUGCCCGUAGCUAGCGUGCUGCGCUCAUUCGACAAAGCAAAGCAAAGAAAAGCAGAGCAGAGGGGACGAAGGGGAGAGAAGACUGAAGAAAACAAGAGAGAGAAGCUGAUACUGAGCAGGAAUUGGAUUAGGCUAGCUAACAGCGCAAGAAAAGCUCCCGAUUCCUUUCGUCGUCGCCGGAUUGCCGAAAGGAUGGACAGCUCGAGGUUGCAGGUCCCAACACCUGUUCACAUGGUCAAGAACAUGUUCUGAGCAAUCUGUUGGCUGUUCUUGUAUGUGACUUUUGCUGGGUGAGAGAGAGGAGAGGGAGGAGGGGAGAAAGGGGGAAAGAGAGGCCGGUUGCUGGUGCUUCUCUUCAUGAUCUCUGCAUUCCCAGUGUUUCUGAUCUUCAGAAACGGUGAACUCCCUGAUGAACUGAACAAUCAAUAGAAGAAACAAGAAAGAUUAUUCCCACUGCAGAGAGAACAGAUUAUCUGAAAUGGGAAGACGAAGCCACAAGCGGUCCACUGAACAAGAGGAAAGCAAUGUAGGAUGUGUGUGGGGCCUCAUGCGCAUGCUUUAUUUCCGCCGUGACGCCAAAUUCUUAUUAGAUUCAAAGCAAGUGAGCAGGAGGCAUACAUUCCGGGAGAUCACAGAUGGAAGCCACUCAAUUAGGAAAUCCAGUGAUUUUGAGGAAACAGAUGAAGAUGAUAGCAAAGAAGAAUGCACUUCUCAGAAACGAACUGUCAAAAAACUUAUGGAAGACGAAUUGGGGAAAGUAAAUAUUUUGAAGAAAAUUCCAGACAAUGAAAUUCAAAGAGAAUUACCUGACUUGAGAUAUGAUGUCUCCCUUGAUGGAUGCUCAGACCAUAUAAAUAAACCAGUGGCAGCCUUAAAUCAGCACACAGAGAUCUUCGCGUCUUAUUUAUCUGGAUCAGUGUAUUCUCAGGGUUCCAAGAGCUUGAAUCAUUCUGAGGAAUAUGAUCUUGAAUCUGUCUUAGCAAAUUUCUUAGGUGAGAUUUAUAGUUGCCAUGGUGAAUGUCCGCAUGCUGAUUGCAAGAAUAAGAGUGAAUUAUGUCCUUCACUGAAGUCCUUAAUCCAUAACAAGCUCAAUGAUUUAAAUAACCCCCAUCCCAAUCAUGGUACUGAGCAAUCUCAAGAGAUCAAGGGAGAAGGGAUACUAGGUGAGAAUAGCCUUUCUAACAACAGGGCAGCUCAAUUCAAAGAAUUCAAGGAUGCGUUGGAAAUACUGAGCUCGAACAAUGAACUUUUCCUGAAGCUGCUUCAGAAGCCAAAUUCACAUAUAUUAGACAACGUCCAAAAGCACCAAAAUAGCAGGUUAACAACCAAGUUAGAGCCUGACAAAAGUCUUGGGCGGUCUAGCAUUAUUGAAGAGAAAAGAAGCUCAAAUCAUGAGCUGGCUACAAAAGCACUGGUUAAAGAGACCAAACAUGUGUUCUUCUGGAGGAAGGAUAAGUCAGACAGAAAGCAAAAGCCAGAAAAAACCAGUAGGCCCCAGCCUGUUAGCAAAAUAGUUAUUCUAAAGCCAAAUCAAGGACGAUGGAUUGAUGAGACAGAGACAACGAGUCCAAGAUAUUUACAUCAGCAUCCAUGUACAUCGCAAGCUCCAGAAUUCAGUGGAAGGGAAAGCUCAAAAUUUUCAAUCAAGGAAGUAAGGAGGAGAUUCAAAAUUGUGAUUGGUGAGAGCAAAAGAGAGAAAAAUGCAAUAUCUGCACAUAGCCUUCCAGGAGAUCCACACAGUCUCAAAGAUUUCACCAUUGCAGUUAAGGAUCCUAGACAUCUCACUGAAGGGAGCUUGCCAGACAAAGCUGCAUCAAAUUUUAAGAAUGGAACCAACCCUUCAACCAGCAGUAAGCAAAAGCAACAAAAUGCCAGCCAGAGUGAAAUCACUGAUCAUAUAGUAGCAUCAACAGGAGCAUCCAUCUUCUAUGAGGAAGCCAAGAGGCAUUUAGCAGAUAUGCUGAAGGUUAAUAGUCAAUCUGCCAACUAUCCAACAACCCAAGUAUCAAAAUCCUUGGAAGGAAUGCUUUCUCUACCUCAUUACAACAUGUCAUCUCCUAGGAGUGACCAUAGGGGAAAAUGGCACUCUACCCUCUUACCUGAGGAGGCAGAAGUUUGUCUUGCAACCACAGUUGAUGUAGAAGAACCAGCCCAAGAGAGAAGCCAAUCACAUGACUCAGAGAGUAAUGCACAUUGUACUAGUGCAGAAGUUGAUCAGGUGGCAGUUCUAGAAGAAUAUUGCAUAAAAGAAGACACUCUAGAAGGUACCAUAUAUACUCCUGAUGAGGUAGGCACCAUGCCUGUCGAAGGAGUUGACAAAUUGGAUUUCUCCAAAACAGUUUGCAACAUGUCCAUCCCAGCAGAACAAUACACAGACAGCCCCUUGCCAGAAAUAUUAGAAGGAAAAGAACCUGUUCAAAUGUUUAUGAGCUCUCCUGAGAGCAUGACUGAAAAAUUGGAGCAACAAGAUCCAAAGACACCUGAACCAAGAUCACCCAAAUUACCAGAUGGUUGUCCUGAGCAAAUCAAUGAAACAAAAGAAAAGCCAAGUCCUGUAUCGGUUCUUGAUUCAUUUGAUGAAGAUGACAGCUCUCCUGAAUGCAAAACAGUGAAAGAAUAUAAGCUGCACGAAGAUUUCCAUGGGACCCUGUACUUCCCAGAUAAUGAAUCAGGUGCAAAGGUCUUUUGGGAGGACAAGAAUGCCAGGUUAGAUUAUAUAAUGCUGGUGCUAGAUCUCUCAGAAUUGUGUGCAGAACAAAAUCUAGAGGUAUGGUACCUAGAGGAUGAAUUAAUCAGCCCUUGCAUGUUCGAAGAACUACAGAAUCAAGGGAACAGAAUAGAUGAUAUGAAGCUUCUGUUUGAUUGCAUCUGUGAAGCACUAACAGAGAUCCAAGAGAGAUAUUUUAGACUCUCUUCUUGGUUAUGUUUUUCUAAACAUGACGUACGGACGCCUCCGGUAGGAGACAACCUCAUCUCAGAAGUUGACAAAUACGUUGACUGCUAUCUCAAGUGUAGGCUCCCAAAUACAUUGGAACAGAUAAUCAAAAGGGAUUUGGAAGUUCAGGCCUGGAUGGACAUUAGAUCAAAAACAGAAGAAAUUGCUGUGGAGAUAUGGGAGUUUGUAUUAGAUAAAUUAAUAGAUGAGGCGGUUUUUGAUUUGUGGAUUUGAACUCUGAAGUUCUGAUCAGAUCCCUUCUCAGUGUUGCUUUGUGACGAGUAUAGGCAGUAUGUAGAUGAAGUUUAGAAGUUUUGAUGCUGACAAUAACCCAUUUUAUGCGGAAGAAUAACAAGGGCACUACGUUUGGCAGCCCAAGAAAAAUAUCAUGUGAUUGGGGAGACAUUUACCGGUUGAAGUGUUUGACUGAAGUGGAAAGUUUCUUGUGCAUGACAGCUGAAGUUUCAGUGCUGUGAAUAUCUGACUUGUGCAGUUUGUUUGGAUGAAAAUGGAGUAGCAGCCACGAUGUUUCUCCUCGAUUAUGUGCAUGUGUGCGAAAGAUAAACUUUUCAACAAGACUGGAUCACUUCAAUGUACAUGUUUGUAUUUGUAAGUACAUGUGUAAAAGGCUUUCUAAACAAUCACACAACACAUUUUCACUGA